AUGGUAGCUAGAAGUUUGGUAAGAAUGGCUAGUAGGACGUAUCAAGAUGCUGUUGAACAUCUAAAUAGUCUGCAAUCUAUAACUGCUAAUGUGCCAGUUAUAACUAAUACGCCAGGUUAUGUUAACAAGAAUAAUUUACGGGAAAUGCAACAAUGGUCUCGUGAGAUUGGAUAUAACCCAUCGAGUUAUAAUCAAUUGAAUAUUAUACAUGUUACCGGCACGAAGGGUAAGGGAUCUACUGCAGCUUUUACUCAGUCCAUUUUAAUGCAAUACCGUAACAAAUUUAAAAAGAUCGGUAUGUUUACUUCUCCACAUCUUAGGACUAUCAGGGAACGCAUUAUGAUCAAUGGUGAGCCAAUUUCAGAAGAGAAGUUUUCGAAGUUUUUUUUUGAGGUUUGGGAUAAGCUUGAAGCUGCUAGAGACAAAUCGGCUGAAGAAAAAGAAGUUGCUAGGCCAUCGUACUUUAAGUACCUGACUUUGAUGUCAUUCUAUGUCUUCAUGAAGGAGGGAUGUGAUGCUUGUAUAUUUGAAGUCGGUAUAGGUGGCCUCCACGAUAGCACUAAUAUUAUUGAAAAACCGGUAGCCUGCGGUGUUUCUCUCAUAGGCAUUGACCAUACGAACAUGUUGGGUAACACGAUCGAGGAAAUUGCUUUUAAUAAAGGUGGUAUUUUUAAGAACGGAUCCCCAGCAUUUAGCGUUCAAAAUCAGGUCACCGAAGCUAUGUCAGUCUUGAAGAACUGCGCCAAGGAAGUUGACACCAAAUUAACAGAAGUUCGUCCAUUUUCAGAGCUUAAUGGGGUAAAGCUGGGAAUUGCAGGUUCUUUUCAGGUUUCUAAUGCCUCCUUGGCCGUUGCUCUUGCCAAUGAAAGCUUGAAGAAUGCUGGUAUUGAAACUGGGCUAGAUGUUACAGACGUAAAUGCCAAACUCCCAGAGAAGUUCGUUGAAGGUUUAAUUCAAGCAAAAUGGGAAGGACGCUGCCAAACAAUUAAGGAAGGAAACAUUACAUGGUAUAUCGACGGUGCUCACACUAAGGAUAGUAUUAUUGCUGCUUCUCAAUGGUUUGCAGAAACGACAGGAAGCUCUCCCAAUAAGAAAGUACUCUUAUUCAAUCAGCAAAAAAGAAAUGCAAAUGAAUUAGUUGCAGAGUUGAACAAUGCCUUGCAAAAUACUGUCUCAUUUGAUGAGGCCAUAUUUACAACUAACAUUACUUGGAAAUUGGGCACGUAUAGCCCCGAUUUGGUGAGUGUUAAUGAAUCGCCUGAGGGUGUCAGAAAAAUGGAACUACAAAAAGCUCUAAGUGUCGCAUGGGAUGAAUUGCAUAAGGAUAAAUCUUCGACGUCUAACAUCGCUCCCGACAUUGAUUCUGCUGUGACAAUGCUCAGAGAGAGAAAUGAACCUUUGGAUAUAUUUGUUACAGGCUCUCUGCAUUUGGUUGGUGGCCUAUUGGUUGUCCUUGAUAGAAAAUAG